AUGUGGCAGAUCACAAAUUUGAGGUCCAGAAUGGUUCGAAAUUACAAACCAAAAACUAACAGAAAACUGACAUCCCCAAGGAAAUUGAAAGCAGCAGUGGCUCUUGUAAAAGCAGGAUGGAGCAUCAGAAAGGCUGCUAAAGAUAAGGGAAUAAAUAGGCAGACUCUCUUUAAAGCAUGUAAAAAGAAAAACAAGCAACCAGAUGUAUCACCACCUCAGUUGACUUAUAACAGCAGAUCUGUACUUAGUCCUGAAAUAGAGAAAAGCAUUUCAGAUUAUUGCAUUCAAGUGGCUCAAAUGGGUUAUGGACUGACAGUUCUAAAAUGCCGGGAGUUGGCUUUUGAAGUUGCUCAGAAGAAUAAUAUACAAAUGCCUCUCAACUGGACAAAGGAACAGCGCGCUGGGAUUGAUUGGUAUCAUGGUUUCCGAAACCGACACCCAGAGCUUUCAGUAAGAACACCAGAAGGCUGCAGCAUUGCUCGAGCUAUGGCGUUUAAUAGAGCUAACGUGAAACUAUUUUUUGACAAAUUUGCUGAAGUUAGAGAGAGGCAUCCCUCCUUUGUUGAUGACAGUAGGAUCUACAACCUUGAUGAGUCGUGCACAUCAACAGUUCAAAAUACCCGUAAAAUAAUAGCCCCAAAGGGUGUCAAGCAGGUCCACCAGGUUAAAGGAGCAGAAAGAGGUGUUUCAGUGACAACAUGUGAUAUUAUUGGAGCGUACGGAACUGUAUUACCCCCAGUGCAUAUAUUUCCACGCAAGAAAUUUGUCCCUGAUCUUAUGAUAAACUGCUAUCCGGGAGCCCUCGGCCUAGGAAAUGAAAAAGGUUACAUGACGAAAGAAACUUUCCCUGCUGUUAUGUCCCAUUUCAUCAAGUGCACAGGGGCAACUCCCAAUAAUCCUGCUUUGUUAUUGUUAGAUAAUGUAGAGUCUCAUUUCUCCACUCAGACUCUAGAUUUAGCAAAAAAUAAUGGUGUAACUGUGCUGACAUUCCCUCCCCACUGCACUCACAAAAUGCAGCCGCUUGAUGUUGGAUUCUUUGGGCCCUUCAAGGCUUAUUAUGAUGCCGCUGUGAAUACAUAUUUGGCUAACAAUCCAGCAUGCCCUCCAACUAUAUACCGCGUUGCAGGGUUUGUGAAUGAUGCUCUUCUGAAAGCAGCAACACCUCUUAAUAUUAUAAAAAGCUUUCAAGUCACUGGAAUUGUUCCUUUUAACAGGGAUAUUUUUACUGACUCAGAUUUUAUGAUGGCUGCAGUCACUCUGAGGUCUGAUCCUUCACUGUUGCCAGAUGGUAACCAAGAAACUACUGUCUCUACACCUGAAACUCCAACACCUGAAGCUAGUUCUGCUGUUGCUAGUGAAUUAAUAGAUGAUACCAGGAGGUCUAAGGAUUUUGUUACACCUGCAGAUAUCAGAGGGUUUCCAAAGGCUAAACCAAAAGAGAAGCAAAGAAAGCCAAGAAGAAAGGGCAAGGUAAUGGUGGCAACAGAUACUCCAGAAAAGGCUGAAAUUUCACAAAGAGAGGAACAGGCAGAGUUAAAGAAACAACAAACAGAAGAAAGAAAGAGGAAGAGACUGGAGAAGCAGGCUGCAGACUCAUCAAAAACAAGAAGAACCAGAAGAAAUACCAAGAGAGCAUUGACAUAUGAAAGUGAUAAUUCUGAAGAGACCGAUGAUGUGAAUGUAGUGACGCCCCCUCCAGCUCCUAAGUCAACUCCUCCACUUUCUGGAGUCACCAUGGGUCAAUUAAGAACAAUUAAAAGAUAG